AUGGCUGGGUAUGAACAAUCAACCCGUGAGAGUCAGGAUGGCUCCGUCCAGUCUCAGCCUGAGAUGCGACAGCAGGAGAGCCUCUUCCCCCGUCAGUCGCUGUCCCGUGCCUCGACGAAUCCCAACGUCUUCUCCGACGACUACUCUGUGGAACCCUUAGAUCCCCCCAGCACUGACCGUCCCCGUCGAUCCCUCUCCGUCUCCUCCACCGAUUCCUCCGCGACUCUCCGCCAAACACAAACUGCUCAGAGCACGUCAGAAUCCUCGCCGGCUGAGAAUGAUGCCCCCGCGAACCCAUUCUCCGAUGAGGCCCGCUCGUCCCUCGAUGAAAUCCCCCGCCGUCCAAGCAUCCAGAAGGGCGGCAGCGACCUGCACAACCGCCAGUCUUCGGUGACGACAACCUCGUCAGUGUCGAAUCGGUCGGCAGCACAGCGCUCGAUACCCCGGGCCAUGAGCCCGUACACCGGAGCAACCGGUCCCAGCCAUCCCUAUGCCAUGUAUCCCCAGAUCGGGGUCAGCCGCUCCGCCAGUGUCGCAACAACGUCGACAGUCCGACCGCCAGAUGCUCCGCUGCAAGGGAGGAGUGCUCCCCAACACCCCUACGCCAUGUACCAGCAGAACAUUGCUCUCGAUGGCAUGGAUGACCAGCCCAUCCCCGUCGGUUUCCCCGGUUCCUUCCAGGCCUACCAGAGAGAACCCGCCCAGCCCAAUGACGUCGGUGACAUUAUUGGGCCGGACGGCCACUUGGAGCAGCUGCCGCCUUACUCUCGCUAUCCCGACGGCAUUCCGCCCAAGACCGGCAUGGGACCCCCCGGCAUUGACAGUGCCAUCCCAGAGCAAGAUCCUCCGGCCCCGAUGGCCAUGGCGCCGCCACCGCCGCCGCCGCCGCCGCCGCCCUCGGACGUGUCCUCAGGGACGCUGGUCAAUGUCAAUUCGAGAGAGCCAAGCGGCCGGUCCGCAUCCACCUCGGACAAUUUGGCCGGAAACAAGUUCGAAGAGAAAUUGAGAAGAGACAGGAAAACGUGUUGCGGAGUCCCGGUCUGGUUGCUAGCAAUUCUGGGACUUGGCAUGUUGAUCGGCGGUUUAAUUGGAGGCGUCAUCGGUGGUGUUCUGGGCGAGAGGAGGGCGGAGGAGCGAUCGUUACGACGGGCGCGGGAGAGUGCGAGUUUGAGAGCCAGCGUCGUGACGGUGACAUAUACCUCCGAUGUGACGCCUCUCUCGACCACUCCCACGAACCUGCCUGGCCUCCCUACGGGCCGGUUUACGGUCCCGGCCAGCACGCAGAAUCAGUCCAAAUUCUGCAUCGCAAGCACGUCCUAUGCAUCCGCGUGGGGCUGCCAGAAUGAAGGGUUCCUCGACAUCGAGAUCCAAGGCUCGAACGAGCACGCGUCCAUCUAUAUCCCUACUCCGGUUAUCGAUGGAACGUUCACGUAUGGAGCCCAGCCACCGUUCCUGCCCACGCCGACCCAGGAGCUCCACAUGAUGCUCGACAAAGACGACGUGGACUUCGGACCCGCCCUAUUUUUCAGCUCUCCCUUUAAUAAGCUAGUCAUCGUUCAGGAAGAUGCAUUCCCCACGCCAUCCGCACAGAAGCGGUCUAUCACCGAACUGGACAUCCUGGCUACCCAGUGGCACCGCAAGCAGGUGGCUAAGCCGGGAGACAAGCCCUGGUUCUGUUGGUGGAACGACACCGCCAUGGAGUUCUUCAUCUAUGUGAAUGAAACGAGCUCUGGUGCCACUCCGGUCUCGACUCCAGCGGCUAUGGUGACGGCGCCGCCGACGACCACCGCGAGAGGUGGCCUCGGUACUAUGACCAUGGGCACUCCCCAGACGACCGCACCAGCCAAGCGUCAAACGACGACGGGCCCCGGAAACUACCCACGGCGGAUCAAAAUCGAAGAGAAACGAGCGAUCCCGAAUGCGCCCCAGCCCUACUGCAUGCAGAUGCAGGUUCUGGACAACCUUGGGAUUGGACCGCUGUCGAACAAUCUGAUCCCAAUUGAAACGGUCCAGCCGUCGAGCAGUGGCUCUCCCCAGAAGCGGGCGGAAGACGGCUGGCUGUGGGGCCGAGAUGAUAAUAGCUAUGACAAUAGUUGUUAUUGUGAGUGGCUCAGUGGGCUUGCUUGCCGCGUAGGCACUGCGAGGUGCCUAUGUUGUGCUCUUGAGAGCGGCUUAUAUAUAUCUAUUUCAGUCGUAUUGCAAAUCUCCCUUCUACCCAUCAGGAUGAACCCCAUCCUCCGUCUGAGUUCCGCCAGCGGCGGCCGGCGAGCAGUGACCGGCAGUCGCUGCCUCCUGUCGCGAUAUUCCUCAGUUACGCCUCUCUCCACCUCUACCGUGCCAUUUUCUCGAAGGACAUACGCGGCCAGCUCGGACGGCGGCAACGACCAGUCUGGCGGACAGCAGCCCGCGUCGCAGAGGACGAGGGAGAUUGAGCAUCCUGGCCCACCCCCUCCCAUUCCCUCGAAACGGGAACAGGCACAGGAACAAGAACAAGAACAAGAACCAAACCCCGAACCAGGCACCGCAUCCCUCUCUUUCGCAUCUACAUCCUCGUCAUCCUCCCCGCCCUCCUUGUCCGCCUCACCAUCAGGCGAUCUCCCAGGGCAACAAGCACAACAACAACCACAAGAAUCAAAUAACAGCCCCCCCAUCCCCUCCAACAAAGCUCGCCCAACCCUCACCGACGGACGACAAUCGCCCAACGUCGACGCAAACGGCAACCCCCGCGCCGAUGUCCCCGAGGACGUGCGCCAACACAACCGCGAGCUGGAGCAGAGGUAUGAUCGGGCGUAUAAUCAGAUUGAUGAUGAGGGGACGCAUGGAUUGGUUAUGUUAGUGUGUAUUAAGUUCAAUUGGCUUCGUCAGAUAGAUAGACCUGCCUACGGUGUUGUGCGAGGGCUGCGUGAUGGCGAUGAAAAUCGACGUCAGCAGCAGGAUGACGGCGUGGACGAUGCAGAGGAUCGCGACGGUGACGGCGGUGCGAUACGGCGGGAUGGCAUCAGACGCUGGCUUCGUGGUAGAAACAGGGCUCGUGGGAGUCGUCGGAGGGGUUGCUCGGGGGUAGAAAACGAGAAAGAGGAGGAGACUACAACCAAAUUCGGAUGGAGCGUACAUCACAUAGAAACACAAACACUGCACGCCCACCUGGAAGAUACCCAGCAGCCCGGCGAAGCACGCCAGACCGCUAAUCUCCCGGCAGCAGGCGACAUCCCGCGCACUCCGCGGCAGUACCAGAAUAUUGGUAAACGCCGACGUGGCCGAGGUCGUGCCCAGCAGGACGAAGUAGGGCGAGAUGCCGAAGGAGCUGCGGAGCGAGAUGAUCCGGACGUGCUGGGGGAGGUAGGAGAUGAGGAUUCCGACGAGGAUGGCUCUGCGCGUAAAGUCAGUGUAUGCUAG